UUAGACCGUAGUUUUUCUAGUGGAAGCUUAUUCUAUUGAUCAUAAUUUAACAGGCGGGGUGUGGUUGAGAAUCACACUGGCUCAAAUGCUGUUGCCGGGUUAUUCUUUAUAUUCUUUAUAAAGUUAGCUACAUGCCCUGCGACACAUAAUGAGCCAGCCUCAGUACAACUGAAGGCAUGACGAUGACCCUCACGAUCAAUUGAUAUGGAAGAGCCUUGGACCUGCUGACGAAUCUGCAAGCAUAAAAGAUAUGUUAGACAUUCCACCAACAAAACCAGCUCAUGGUUUUGGUUGGAUUAAAAAACCCAUUUAAAUGUCAUUUCCCCAUUCUGACUCAAUUUCUUCUCUUGAGCCAAAAGAAGCUGUACAGCAUCAACCAUUCUCAUUUCCCUCAAUUUAUUCAACAGAAGGAAAGGAAACAUGGUUAUUUAGCAAAGCAGCAAAACUGGAAAGCUUGCAGAAAUUUUGCAAGUCUAAAAUUGAUGGAUGUGUGUAAGCCGAGAGAGAGAAGGGAUAUAGCAAAGGGAGCUGAUGAUCAACAGUGAAGAAAUGGGAAGAAUCAAAGGAAAUUACGCUGAGAAAGUAAUGGGCUUAUGAGGUUACCUUAAGAAGUAUAAGUGGCCUGAAGUCCGAGAGUGUCUUGUGGAUGAUGAGUGGAUCAAGCUUUUUCAAGCUUGUGAGGUUAGCUUAAAAAGUAUAAGUGGCCUGAAGUUGAAGAGUGUCUCAUGGAUGAGAGUUGAUCAAGCUUUUUCAAGCUUGUGAGGUAAACUUGAAUCUACCAAAAACUUUGUUGUGGCUCAUGAUUUUCUAUAAAUCCAUUUCUAGCAAUCUGUAGACGAGUUAUAGCUUUUCAUUCCUAGUUGAAAUCUUUGUUUUGUAUUGCAUGAAUUUGAGUUUCUGACUGCUUGUUUAACUGUAAGUUGUGUUGAAACUUAUUUCUUACAAACUAGUAUGUCUUUGGCAUAAGUUUUAAAUAUAGCUUCAUCUACACC